CAAACCCUUAGCAGUUCACUUUUCAUUUCUUACAGAUGCCACCUGGUGGAGAAACUCCAUGACUGUAAAGAAGACCAUGAGUGUGCAGAAAUCUGUAACUUCUCUACAGAGGGCACUGUGAACCAUAAAUUUUAUCCAGGAGUACAUAUAUGUAAAAGAAAUGGGUUUGUAAACGUAGUCAUUGGCCAUUUAGCUUUAAGUGUGAGGCUAAAACCUAGGCCAGGGCAGAAAUCAAAUGAAGUUCAGGAACAUGGACCAGAGUUGCAUAAUAAUAAGGAAUUUGAGAACACUUCCAGCUCUCCCCCAUCUUUGCAGAAGCUUACAAGUUCCGACACUGCCACUGCGGAAAAAUCGAAUAGAGAUAAGCAGACUAAUGAAGACUUAAGACUUGGUCAAAAUCAUGAAAGUACUCCUGCUAAAGAAAAACGCCAUGAAUGUAAGCUGUGUGGGAAAACUUUUUCUUCUCUCGGGUCCUUGAAGGGGCAUGACAAACAUUACCAUGCAAAGAAACCCUUUGUAUGUAAGCAGUGUGGGAAAGCCUUCCCUUUUCCCUGUUCCCUACAAGUACAUGAAAGGAUCCACACUGGCGAGAAGCCCUAUACAUGUAAGCAAUGUGGGAAAACCUUUGCUCAUUCCAGCUCUCUUCUGAGACAUGAAAAAAUCCACACUGGCACAAGUUCCCAUAAGUGUCAGUUGUGUGGGAAAACCUUCACCCGUUUCAAUUCUCUUUUAAGACAUAAGAUAAUCCACACGGGCGAGAAGCCCUAUGCAUGUAAUCAGUGUGGCAAAAGUUUUUCCCGUUCUGCUUCCCUUCAAAGACAUACCAGAAUCCACACAGGAGAGAAACCCUUUGUAUGUAAGCAAUGUGGGAAAGGGUUCAUUACUUCUACUUAUCUUCAAGUCCAUGAACGAACUCACACUGGGGAAAAACCUUAUGUAUGUAAGGAGUGUGGGAAUGCCUUCAUGCUUUGGACUCAAUUCCAAAAGCAUAAAGUAAUUCACAGUGGUGUGAAUCCCUAUGUUUGUAAGCAAUGUGGGAAAAACUUCACUCGUUUUGGUUCCCUACAAAUACAUGAGAGAAUUCACACCGGUGAGAAGCCCUAUGUGUGUAAACAGUGUGCAAAAGCCUUCUUGUCUUUAAAUCAAUUAAGAAGACAUGAAAUAAGUCACAGUGGCGUCAAACCCUAUAUGUGCAAACAAUGUGGGAAGGGAUUUAUCUGUUCUACCACCUUUCGAAGUCAUGAAAAGAUACAUAGUGGAGAAAAACCAUAUGUUUGUUCACAAUGUGAGAAAGUUUUGGGUUCUGAGAGUGCUUUGCGGAAACACAAAAUGAUUCACACUGGAGAGAAACCUUGUGUAUGUAAGCAAUGUGGUAAAACAUUCACUCAUUUGAGUUCUCUUCAGUACCAUGCAUUGAUGCACAGUGGAGAGAAACCCCAUGAAUGUAAGACAUGUGGGAAAGGCUUUAGAUCUCUUAGUCACCUUAAAAAGCAUGAAAGAACCCAACACUGAAUAGAAACCCCAUGCAUGUAAACAGUAUGGGAAAGCCUUUACUUAAUAUCUUUUACGAAGAUAGUCAUUCUUACUGUCAUAAAUCCCUACACUUGUAAGCAAUGUUUACAUUUUUUAAAUGGUUGGGUUGUUUUUACAUAAAUAAACUCACCCUGGAAAAAAGUGGGAUUUUUUUUUUUUUUGCUACCAAUGUCUGAAAGCUCCUAUCAUACUGAUUUCUUUAAAAAAAAAACAAAAAACAAAAAAACAAACAAACAAAAAAACUUGAAAUGGGCACAAUCAGGGAAACCCUUUAGAAAAAAUACCAUGGAAAUGGUUUAUGUAUUAAAAUUUUUCUUCAAGUCCAUGAACAAAUUCACACUAGAGAAAAGCCCUAUGAAUGCAGGUGUUGUUUAUAUCUUUUUUGUAGUCCCACAUCAUGGAAAGGACAAGACAAAGAUGAGACUACAGAGAAAUCUUAAGCACAUUUGCAAUGUAGAAAGUCUUCACUUCUUCCCUGGUUCCCCCAAAUAUGUGUAAGUCAGCUAGAGGGGACUAGAAAGAUGGCUCUGCAGUUAAGAGCACUAGCUGUUCUUCCAGAGGUCCUAGGUUUGAGUCCCAGCAACCACAUGGAAGCCUACAACUGUGUCUAACUCCAGCUCCGAGGGAUUCAGUGUCCUUUUUUGACUGGAGUGGCCCAUGUAUGCUUGUGGUACACAGAAAUACAUGCAGGCAAAUUACCAAUAUGCACAAAUAAAAACUCUUUGCUUGUGGGCUAUAUUGGAAAGCCUUCCAUUACUACCAUCCCUUUCACAGACAUGAAAGAACCUACCAUAGAAUAACUUUAAAUACAGACUUCAAAAAAUUUAGGCUUAUUUGUAUUAUUUCAUGUGUAUUAGUAUUUUGCCUGCAUGUAUGAAUGUGUGCCACAUGUGUGUAGUGCCUGUGCUACCAUGAAGAGGGCCUUGGAAGCUCUGGAACUGGAGUUACAGAUGGUUGUGAGCAGUCAUGUAGAUACUGGGAUCUGAGCACAAGUCCUUUGUAAGAAUAGUUAGUGCUCUUAACCAUUGAGCAAUCUCUUCAGCCCAGUAGCUAAUUCUGGACUUUUAUUUCUGAAUUUUGCUUUACAAAAUAAGCAUAAGCCAAGUGCAUGAGACUGGAUGUCAGCUUAUACCCAUGGGAUGAAGACCAGUAAGGACCCACAUUUGAAAGGCAAAACCAAACAGCCGUAGAAAGAAAGCACACCUUCAUGAAAUGGUUUUGUAAGGUUUCUUAACACAGCAAUCUAUAGUUUAAUGGGUGGUGUCUUUUUGGUCAUCAAAUCAGGUACAUGCUUGUAAAUUGUGUCAGAUUCAUGUGGUGAACUAACAUUAACUUGUAACAUGCAAAUAUGCAUAACU